CGCUCCGCCGGGGGGGUGGGGGGGUGGGGGUUGCCCGGCCGCCCGGUCCAGCUCGGUCCGCGGAGCGGUGGAGGGGUGGAGGGGGAAGGGACGCGCUGUUUGGUCCGGCGGGGAGGGUGGGGGAAAGCUGACGGGAGGACAUGCAGGCUCGCUACUCCGUGUCCAGUCCCAACUCCCUAGGAGUGGUGCCGUACCUCGGCGGAGAGCAGAGCUACUACCGCGCCGCUGCGGCGGCGGCCGGCGGGGGCUACACGGCCAUGCCGGCCCCGAUGAGCAUGUACUCCCACCCGGCCCACGAUCAGUACCCGGCCGGCAUGGCCCGAGCCUACGGGCCCUACACGCCACCGCCACAGCCCAAGGAUAUGGUGAAGCCGCCCUACAGCUACAUCGCCCUCAUCACCAUGGCCAUCCAGAACGCUCCCGAUAAGAAGAUCACCUUGAACGGGAUCUACCAGUUCAUCAUGGAGCGGUUCCCUUUCUAUCGGGACAACAAGCAGGGCUGGCAGAACAGCAUCCGCCACAACCUCUCCCUCAACGAGUGCUUCGUCAAGGUGCCCCGCGACGACAAGAAGCCCGGCAAGGGCAGCUACUGGACCCUCGACCCCGACUCCUACAACAUGUUCGAGAACGGCAGCUUCCUCCGCCGCCGCCGCCGCUUCAAGAAGAAGGACGCCGUCAAGGACAAGGAGGAGAAGGACCGCCUGCACCUCAAGGACCAUGCCCCGCCGCGCCCGCCGCCGCCCGCCGCCGCCGCCGAGCCCGAGGGCGGCCCCGCCGGGGGCAGCACCGCGCCGCCGCCGCCGCCCGUCCGCAUCCAGGACAUCAAGACGGAGAACGGCACGGCCUCGCCGCCGCAGGCCGUGUCCCCCCCCGGCGCCGCGCCGCCGCUAGGCGCCGUGCCCAAGAUCGAGAGCCCCGACAGCAGCAGCAGCCUCUCCAGCGGCGGCAGCCCCCGCAGCACCCUCCCCUCCAGCCGCUCCCUCAGCCUGGAGGCCCCCGAGCCCCCGCCGCCCCCACCGCCGCCCCCGCCGCCGCCCCACCACCACGGCCCGGGCUUCAGCGUGGACAACAUCAUGACCUCGCUGCGGGGCUCGCCGCAGGCCGCCGCCGAGCUGGGCGCCGGCCUCCUGGCCCCCGCCGCCGCCGCCCCGCGCACCGGCAUCCCGCCCGCGCUGUCCCUCGGCGGAUACUCGCCGGGACACAGCUCCGUCUACGGCUCGCCCUGCGGCCAGGCGGCCGCCGGCGCCGCCGCCGGCACCUACCACUGCAACAUGCAGGCCAUGAGCCUCUACGCGGCGGCGGGCGGCGCCGACCGGCCCGGCCACCUGCCCGCCGCGGCCGCCAGCCCCGCCGAGGACCCGCUGCCCGAGUACGCGAUGCCCUCGGGCGGCGGCGGCGGCGGCGGCGGCGGCGGCGGUGGGGCGGGGGGCGGCGGCGGCGGCGGGGCGCUGGGGCACGGCGGGCUGGGCGGCGCGGCGGGCGGCCACCAGGAGGGGCACCACCCGCACCCGCACCAGGGCCGCCUGGCCUCCUGGUACCUCAACCAGGCGGCGGCGGCGGCGGCGGCAGCGGCGGCGGCGGCGGGGGAGCUGGGCCCGCUGGCGGGCGCGGCGGGCUACGCGGGGCCGCAGCAGGGCUUCGCCGCCGCCCCGAGAGAGGUCUUCGAGGCGCCGCGGCUGGGGCUCAGCGCCUCGCCGGGCGGCGGCGGCGGCAGCGGCGGCGGCGGGGCAGGGGGCGGCGGCGGCGGCGGCGGGGCGGGAGGCGGCGGGAGCUGUCAGAUGGCCUUCCCCGGCAGCCAGCCGCUCUACCGCACCUCCGGGGCCUUCGUCUACGACUGCGGCAAGUUCUGAGCGCGCCCCGUCGCGGGGACACCGCGGGAACUCCGCUCCGCGCCACCGGCCCCCGCAGCGCCCGCGGAGGGAAGCGGGGGCAUCGCGAAAAGCUUUUGUACAGAGACAGCCCCAAAGCAUGUCUUGGUUUGUUAAAGGACAGUGUUACUCCAAUAACACGCAGCAGAAAGACACCCAGAACCAGGCCACUGUGAGGGACCGCUUGGUCUAGAAUCAGUUUUCGCUUUCCAUCCUUUUCCCGACUUGUUCCCCAAUAUAGACAGAGGAACCAGAGAAUGAAAAUUCUUCUCUGGAGUGUG